GCUUGCUGGUGGAAUAGUAGGUGUUGGUGUGGUGCGAUUUACCCACUGCUCCACGGUCACAGAUCUCAUGCUCUCUCCCAACCAAAUGCCACGUUUCUUUAGUCAAGUCCGGAUCUACAACGUUACUUCUUGACUCCCAUGAGUGCAUGAAGCUGUAUAAGGAUCAAAGCUUCUGGGGUUUAUUACCACCCAUUCAUUGCAUCAAGCCUGAACAGAUACCUCACAGAGGAUUUAAUCUUUCAAAAGCUGGACACCACAUUGUCCGUUGAGACCUGCAUCGCUUACAAACCUGCAGCAGACAGGUACUUUGGAUUUACAAGGAUCACUCAAGACAGGAUACAAAUACUUCAGGACAACUGAUCCUUGAAGUCUUACCACCUACCCAACAUUCUGGAACUGGUAUUUUCAUGUAAUCCUCUCCAGCUUACAGCAAGCCAACAGGGUGCUUCGCAACUUAUCCACAACUUCUUCAUACUCACAAACUCUUCUGGAGCCCAACCUCCCUCUUAUCUUGACUAAUCAUUUGCUUGUUCUUCCAGUGUCUUCUGUUUGCGCAGAACAAGUUUGCACUGCUCUCUCAAGAGGAUCUACUUGAGCUAAACAAAGUGGAAUACCUAAUGCCUAUUUGUUUUAGUGGACUACUGUUGAAAAACGUACAUUGAAGAAGAGCAGAGAAGCCACUUCAGGAGACAGAAACCAGUUUAAAACCUGAACUUGGAGCAAAUACUAUUAAAGGAUAUACUCAAGGACUUUUAGAUGCCAUCAAGGAACACUGGUAUUAUCAUCUUCUUAAACUGACAAUACACUCACAAUAUAUAUUUCUGCAACUAAAAACUGAGAAAGUGAGGACAGGAAAAAAUGGGUUUGACAGCCAAGAUUCUGAUGGUGUUAGCCUUCAUUGGGUCCAUCUCAAGUUUGUUUGCCCAACAAGAUUACUAUGAGAGACUACGUUCUUCUAGAUUAGGAAGCAUGGCCAGCACUACAACUCCCCCUCCAGGUGAAGAAUCAGAGUCUCAGUGUGUGCAGUGCUGUCAAGGACCAGGAGGGACCAUGGGCAUGCCUGGACCUAAUGGCCCACCAGGAGCAGGAGGAGCUCCAGGGAUCCCUGGAGUACCUGGGAAUCAUGGCGUCAACGGACAUGACGGCAAUCCUGGUUUACAAGGAGCCAAGGGCGACAUGGGUCCUCAGGGUCUACCGGGUCUCAAAGGUUCAUCAGGAACUCCUGGAAGGCCAGGAAUACCUGGACUCCAGGGGAGAGUUGGGCCACGUGGACCACCAGGAUCUGGAAAUGCGGAACCUUCGGCAACCAGAAGUGCUUUCUCUGCCGCACGACUUACAACGCUAACAGCCCCUCGCGAAUCCGACAUCAUCAUCACAUUUGAGCAUGUCUUUGCCAACUUUGGAAACCACUUUGAUGCAUACACUGGAAUCUACACAGCACCUGUGGCAGGCGCGUAUUACUUCAUUUUCAAUAUUCAUAUGGCAUCUACGCACAAGAAUCCCUACGUGAAGCUCAUGCUGAACGGCAAAAUGCAGGUUUCGGUUCACGAUUACGACAACAGGGACGCUUUUGAUUCAACGACAAACAGUGUUAUUCUUGAACUUCAGGCUUCUGACCGGGUGUGGUUACAACUCGACGCGGAUAAUGAAGUAAGCAGCAAUAGCAACAGAUACACAACAUUCACAGGGUACAUGAUAUUCAAGUUAUAAAACUAAACAGACAUGAAGACACUGAUGAUUGAGAUGCAAUGGCAGAUAAAAUGGUAUUUGAUGCCACUGUAUUGGAACUUUGCACUUUCAAAGGGGAAAUGAACAGUGGAAUGCCAAUAGAAUUUGCCAUUAAUAGCAUCUGAGAGAGACAAGAUAACAAACAAUUGGAGUACCAUUUUCAACAGAAAGAAUUUUUUGUUCAUCUCAUGUAAAAUAUUCAUGUUGUCAUAAUUAAUUAAUUUUCAGCUCAUAUUUUGCCAGAUUAUAUCAUUUGAUUAUUUUCUAAGCUAAUUACUUCCUCUUCUCCAUAUUUACUAAAUCUCAGAUAUGGGACUCUAAAUGCUCAUUAUAUUUGAAAACUUCAUCCUUUAAAAGAAAAUGAAAAUACUAUUUACCUAGAGAGCAAAUAUCUAGAGAGUGUUUCUUCAUGAAGCAUACUAUCAGUGAUUUUCACUGAGAGAAAUCGCUCUGAACCCAUCAGAAGCAAGGAUUUAUUUUAGCAGCAUAUAUAAAACAGUUCAUUAAAAAAAUCUUCCUAGCAUUUUUCAAUUUUUAUGGAAACAUCCUGGCAUGUAAGCAUUUUCAUUUCUCCAAUGCACAGCAUAGACAAGUCAUUUAUGUUCCAAGAUUGUUAUCUACAUUUACUAAACCUUUCCUGUUUGAUGGUUUUGUGAAGGUGACAUCAUCUUUUUUUAAUGCUUGAUCUUUCAAAAAGUACAUUGAAAUACCAAAACGGGAAAACACUUUGAACUGUUAAACUUUUGUUUGGGUAUAGCUUCAAAAGAAUUUACAAAUUUUUCAUGACUAACUUUUAAAGCCAAGUGUACUUCUACAAUCUUUUUUUAUAUAAAAUGCAGUCUCAAGAACCUGUCCAAUUAAAAAGCAGCUUAAGUUACAACUCAUACAUUGUAAGAACGUGUAAAGAGUAAUCCAAGAUAAGACUCAUUUAUUUAUUGUCAAUAUUAUGAUUGAAAGAUGAAAUUCUAUACUCUGUACGCAUGUAAUCCUCACCUUACUUAUAAUUGUGGGGUUUUGUUCCGGGGGUUUUCUUUGAGGUUUAACAGGAAAUGCUCGUAACAAUCACUCUGUUGUCAGAUACCAUUUAACCAAGUCCAUGAACAUUUAAGAAAACUUUCAAGAGUAGCCAAUGCAGUGGCUGGUACUUAAAGUAUAAGUCCAUCUUGAAAUCAAAUUGAUGUUAAUAGUAGUUGACCAAAAAGAGAAAGAUAUUAAUGUAUGUUUGCAAUACAAACAGAGUUUUGAAUUCUCAAAGUUAAAGGAUAAGUCCACCUUGAAAUCAAAUUGAUGUUAACAGUAGUAGAUCAAAGAGAGAAAAAAGAUAUCAAUGAAGAUUUACAACAUAAACAGAGUUAUGAAUUCUCAAAGUUUAAUUUUGCAAUGUCAUAUAUGUAUACCAGAUUGUCCCCAUAUGGUAUGUGAUAUAAAUUCCAUAAAUGGCGAUUUUAUCCCUCAAAAUGAAGAUGGGCUGUGAUUACAAACAAUGUAACUAUUUGAGGAAACAUAUUCAACUGUCAUGAACCAUUAAAAAAAUGACCAUUAUAAUGUAGACUUCAUAAUCAUAUAUAUUGUGUGACAUAAUGAAGGAGCAUUAUAGAUGUAACAUCACAUAAUUGAGAACCCCAAAUCCGAUUGCAUUAAAAUUAGCACUUUACGGAAAUUUUGAUGAAAAUUGGACAAUCCUCUUACCCCUUCUUGCAAUCAAUAUAAGGAUUAAUUCUGCUAUAUUUUUUUCUCUUUGGAAUUCUGAUGUAAUAAAGAUCUGCAACAAAGUUGCAUCACUGAGUAUUUGUACAUAAAAGCAUUUUGUACAUUUGAAGCCUAUUUAAAUAAGUACCGGUAUUAUUUUAUUGUAAGGACCAUUCACAUCAUUCCAUGCAAGCCUUGUGGGUGAGUUGCGGGUUGCAACUUACCCAUGACAAGUUUUGAGCAUGUUCAUAAGUAUUUGCAUGCAAAUAAGACUUGCGGGUGCUCCUGCGGGAACUGUGUGGGAGACACGUGUGAGAUACUGUCAAUGUGGGCAACUUGUGGGCAACAUGCGGGCAACCUGCGGGUAGCAGGAAUAACCACACACAAGUCACACACAAGGCUUGCACGGAACAAUGUGACAAGGCCUUUUGGAAUGUUCUAUGAUGUUCAUGUAUUUGAUGUGGUCAUUUUAGCAUCGAUAUCUGUUGCAGACCAGAAAUAUUACUAAAAUUUGAGCCAUUUAAUCAUUGUAACAAUGUCGAAAAAAGAUUUAAUAUGCAUGCUUAUUUGUAUAUCAUGAACAACCAUUUUGAAUUUGUGAUUUCAAAAAUCUGUAUUUAAUGUAGAUCAUGGUUUUAAAAUAAUGUAACCUCGGAACCUAUUUAUUUAAUCAAAACAUGGCCAUUUUAGUACGGAAAAGAACUCAAAAGCAUCUUGCAAAUAAGUAAUUGCAUGUCUUUAAAAAAAUGGCCUUUGACAGAAACCCAAUGUGUACAAAAUAGGUCAAAACUGAUAAAAGUUCAAAUAAUCCUAUUGUAUCCCAUUAUAAUCAAAUUGUGCAAAAAAAAAGAAUUAUAUUUAAAUCACCAUAGUAAUUACUAAAGGUGUUUCUAUUUCUAUUUACAUGAUUCAAUUUUCUACUGUUUCAUGUGAAUCCUAAAUGAAUAAAGUUACUUACAUGUAUUUGAAUACAUAUCUGAUGACUCAUCUUUUCAACAUAAACUACAGAAUAGUUUCAAAUUGAAUUAAUAUUGAAUGAACUGUAAGAAUAAUGAAACAAAAUAUACCCAGCAUCAAUUGCUAAAAAUUACUGUUAACAGUAGCUGUGGGGAUAAGAGUCGAGUACAAUUUGUAUGUAAAAAGUGGGUUCAUUUGUUCAUUUUAGCUUGUUUGUUUGUUAAUUUUUGACAGAAUUCUGGCUGAGAGCGUCAAUGGUGUUUUUAAAUGCUUUUUUUAGAAACCCAAUCAGCAAUUGCCUAACUAAAUUUAGUAAUUUACUUAAUUUGUCAAUAGCAUAAGAUAGCUCUGAUGAUUAACUCUCUUUAUUCAAAUGAUUCUUUUGUCAGGGCUAGACUUGGCAUUUAAAAGAAGAGAUGGGACAAAAAUGUUCCUAUAUCAUUCAGCCCAACAACAAAUUCACUCAUUUGUCUAUCUCCACACUGCAUUGUUUGUUAAUGGAAACCUAUCAAAUCAGUGCUAUUUUAAGAAAAUAACAAAUAUUGGAUAUAUAUCCCAUUUUGUCUUAAUGAAAAAGAAAUGAUUACAUCACAUUAGUCACACAAAAAUCAUAGUUUGUACUCAAAGGGUGUAAAUUAAUAUGAUAAGGUAUGUUGAGAGAUUUUGAAAAUGUGAUUAGUCAUUACAAUACUAUUUUUAUGCAAUUCACAUCCUCAAUAAUUGCUCAUGGAUUUUCAGCUGUUUUAUGUCAAAUUGAAUCAUCGUGAGUAUAAGGGAUGGACACAUGGCUUGAGUAUACCAAAUUCAUUCUAAAAAGCAACAUUGAAUUAGACAGAUAAAACAAUUUUCAAGCCGUUUGUGAC